UAAACGGAAACAUGUUUCAAAUUAUCUCGUUUACAAACAUUUUCUUUAUAUAUGUAGUAACGUUUUGGUUAAUGUUUCACCCUUGUCUAAGCGAUGCUCAUCAAGAGAAACAUUUCCUGCACUACAAGUUUACAGUCCUGACUAAAGCAGACACAUUCCCAGAGUUCAGUGCUGUGAUUGUUGCUGAUGACAGACAGAUCAAACACUUCAGUGAUGAAGAAAGAGUCUGGAUUCUGACUGAAGAUCAAACUGAACCUCCUAAAGAUCCACCUGAUUCUAGAAAAUGGUUCAUACGUCAGAUCAGGACUCUGACAAACUGCACAAACUCACAGUGUUCUGAGCUUCAUGUUCUUCAGAGAAUAAUUGGCUGUGAACUGGAGAAACUUCCUGAUGGAACAGUGAAUCUGACUGUCUUUGAUGAAUAUGGAUUUGAUGGAGAGGAUUUUAUAUCCUUUAAUUCUGACACUAUGAAGUGGAUUGAUAAAAACCCCAAAGCCAAAGAAACCAAAAUGCAAUGGGAUCUUCAAACAGGACGAAACCAGUUCAUCAAAUAUUUCCUCAAGAACUGCAUUGACUGGAUCUCAACAUUUAAUGACAUUAAUAAGAGUUCUCCAGAUGUUCACAUCUCUGUGAGGAAAGCUCCUGAUGAUCACAGUAAUCUGGUUCUGACGUGUCUGGCCACUGGUUUCUACCCCAGAGAUGUUCAGAUGAACAUUAGAAGGAACAGAACUAAACUUAGGCAUCAAACAUCUUCAGGAAUCAGACCAAAUGAUGAUGAAACCUUUCAGAUGAGAAUCAGUGUGAAGAUCAACAGAAACUACAAAGGAUUUUAUUACUGUCUGGUCAAUCACAGCAGUCUGAGAAAACCAAUUUCAGUAAAAUGGGAUGGAAGAUGUUCUGACUGUGAAACGGAUCAUACAUGGAUUGCUAUAGGAGGAAUAGCAACAGCUGUAGUUCUCGCUGUGAUUAUUAUUGUGAUUGUGAUUAUGUUUGUAACUGUGACUGAUUGCUGCAUCUACGAAAGGAAAACUCAGAGAUAAAUAACAGAGGAGAAUAUUAUGAAGACAGAAACACAUAAUCAUCUCCACACACAGGCAGAUGCACAUGAUUUAUCAGGAAAUGGCGAAUUGUUGCAGUGAAACAUCAGAGGAUUUAAAUGCUUCUGGAACACACUGACUACUGUGAAAUUACACUCUGAAACGGACAAGUUUAUUUCCAGAGACCUCAUGAGCUAAACAAAAUGAAUUCUGUUGUGGUGAAUGAGAGACUGCACUUUUGCAUGCCUGUUUGAUCCACUAGAAAAAAUUAUAAUCCAUGAUAGCAUUUCCAUGACUUUUCAAAUUAUUAAUUAAUUAAUUAAUUAAUUAAUUAAUUUUGGAUCGCUGCUGCAGUCUGCUUGUCACCUCAACUGAUUCCAGCCCCUGAACUUGGCAUUUCUGCCAUGUCUGUGCUUUUGUCAGGAUUAUUUCAUACAAUUAUCUAAUAAUAUGGCUUGUUGUGGUUAAUGGUUGAGACAGAUGUGCACACUUGUGGAACAUAAACAGAACACGUUGUUGGAUCGUCUUGACAGCGGCUAAAAGUUUUGUUCGUCAGAAUGACAAUGGCUGAAGAAUAUGUCGCUCAAGACAACACAAACUCCGACAGCACUGCUUGGAUAUUAUAACUAAAACUGCUGCACUAUUUUGGACUUUGAACACGGGCUCAUUUGUUUGAGUCCAACGAUCGUAUACAGUUUUACAACAUAAACGGUGCUCAGAUUGCAUAAUUUCUUGAAGAAUGACGAUUGAGAGUAGAUCAUUCAGAAGAAAUGUGAUGCAAACAAUGGACAGUACAUCAGUAUUUCAUGGAUUUAAUGCUGUUGUGGACAAAAAGAGCUGUUGGAUGUUUUUCAAUGGAUGCACAUGGACAUUUUACCCAAGUGCGACGGAUUCAUUACAAAGGUAUGAAGUCCCGUUUUGAUUUUGCGCAUUGUUAUUUGCACUCCUGACACAAAUUACACAUGUAGUGACAUCUUUCCGUGGAUAAAACAACAUUCCUUCUGAUGUUCAUUCAUGUUUAUUUGGUGCUAUAGUAGAAAAAGAUGAUCGAUUCACAUGCUGCUUGAACUGAGGUGCUAGUCAGGGCCGUGCCCACCAUUGAGGUCCGGACCUCAUUAUUUUUUGUGUAUAUCCCUGUUUUUCUUUGUACUCUAUCCUGCUCUGUGUUCACAAAUUGCAAAUCUCUCUGUCACACACACACACAUACACACACACACUUUGAACAUAGUGGUUAUAAUUUAAGAUAACCACUAAGUAAAAAGGAUUCCUUACUUUUGGUUAUCCAUAUUGGAAAUUGCAAACAAAGUAGAAACUAUAUCUAUAGAAUCUGUAUCUAUAGAAAUCUAUAGGUGUACCAAAUGAUUAACCAUUAAGAGCAUUUGGAUUAAAUAAUAGACGUGUAUUAAACUAAAUGAAAAGAGAUGCAAAUGAAAAGUUUGAUAGUAAUAGCAUUAUAAAGGCAGUUACUGUGAAUGAAACAUUUAUAAAGAUGAAACACUUAUUUUGUGUUGUGAAAAUGACUGGGAUUUUGUGUAUUGUACAAACACAAGUGAAAAUAUGAUGAAAUGUUUGAAAAAAAAAUGCACAUGUGAUGAUCUGUUAUGAUAUUAGUAUUAAGAGUUUUGAAUAUUUACCAGUUGCUUGUGAAAAUUGCACCAAAGCAAUUAAAAAAAACUGUAGUGUUUUCAGUGAUAUCCAACGUAUACAUAUCUGUUCACUUCUCAAAAAAUUGGGUUUCAUGACCCUUUAUAGAGCCACAAAACGGUAUUUAUUGUUUGGAUUUCUUAAAAAAAAAAUGAUCGAACUUGAAAGUGGACUGAAAGUGUUUAUAUUAAAAGUCUGUACCUUUGGCUUUUUGCUUCUGGCGACUGAAUUUAGGCUUCAAAAUUCAUAAAAGUGUUGUUCAUCUCUGAAAAGUA